AUGGUAUCUAACUUGCUGACCGAAGCAACGGAUGAGGCUAUAAACGCUACCAAAAUGUUUGCAACCAGAAAGGUUAUUCUUGACGAGUUUCAAACACUGUAUGGUCUAGUGCAGUGCACACCGGACCUAUCAAAAAUUGAUUGCAAUAGCUGUCUUCGAGAUUCAAUUUCAUCAUUGUUGCCUUGGUUUCCUUUAAGAGUAGGAGGGAGAUCGUUGUUUCCAAGUUGUAACAUACGAUACGAACUGUACCCGUUCUAUAAUGAAGCACCUCCACCUCCACCUCCCAAAGGAUCAGCAAUUAUAGUAGUACUGCUGCUUGGCUCUUUCUUUCAGUGGAGAAGAAACAAAAGAGACAAAGAGGAAAACUUAACCAGUGAUAACGAAGUUCAAUUACUUCGCUUGGGAGAGGGCAGAGUUGGAGGUGAUUAUUCAUAUGAUAUGUUAUUACAAGGGGAGCAGUUGGAAUCUCAAGACUUCCCCUUGUUUCCAUUAGGCAUCAUAAUUGAGGCCACACAAAAUUUUUCUGAGGAAAAUAAGCUCGGAGAAGGUGGCUUCGGCCCUGUCUACAAGGGAAUGUUAGCGGAUGGUAAGGAAGUAGCAGUGAAGAGGCUUUCAAGAACUUCUGGGCAAGGGAUAAUGGAGUUAAAAAAUGAAGUUACUUUAAUAUCCAAAUUACAGCACAAAAAUCUUGUGAGACUUUUGGGUUGCUGCUUAGAGGGGAAUGAGUCAAUGCUCAUCUAUGAAUAUAUGCCCAACAAAAGCCUUGAUUUCCUCCUCUUUGAUUCGACUAGGAGCUCAGAACUGGAUUGGAAAAUGCGUGAAAGUAUCAUUAAUGGCAUUGCACGAGGUCUAUUGUAUUUGCACGAGGAUUCUCGGCUUAGAGUUAUUCAUCGAGAUCUCAAAACAAGUAAUGUUUUGUUAGAUUUUGAGAUGAACCUUAGAAUAUCAGACUUUGGAAUGGCCUGAAUAUUUGGUAGAAAUCAAAAUGAAGCUACCACCAACAGAGUUGUUGGCACAUAUGGGUAUAUGGCUCCAGAGUAUGCUAUGGAAGGAUUAUUUUCAGUUAAAUCUGAUGUUUUUAGUUUCGGAGUUCUUCUACUCGAGAUUGUAAGCGGGAAAAAGAAUAAUGGAUUUUAUCUUUCAGAACAUGGUCAAAGCCUCCUUAAUUAUACAUGGAAACUAUGGUGCGGAGAAUAUGCAUUAGAGCUGAUGGAUCCAGUUUUGGCGCAAUCGUGUGUUCCGGUUGAACUAUUGAAAUAUAUAAAUAUUGGAUUGUUGUGCGUUCAAGAAGAUCCAGUAGACAGGCCUACCAUGUCAUCUGUAGUAGUUAUGUUGGGUAGUGAUACAAUUACACUUCCUAAACCAACUGAACCUGCAUUUUCUGUUGGUAGAGUUGUGAAUUUACCUCAAUCUUCAUUAGAUAUUAAAGUUUCCUCCACCAAUGAGGUAACUCUUUCAAGUGUUUCACCUCGGUGACAAUAAUGCUGAUUUCAAGUGUUU